UCGUAUAGAGCGUAAGUAUCAUAUCCGUAAAAAGUGUAGGCUAGUUUAGAGGUUCUCAAAUAAUCUUUCAACUGAAACGCAUGCGGUUUCCGAGUGAUAAUACCGAUUUUCUCGUCUAUAUCUAAGAUCGAUGAAUAUCCGUCACGUAACAUUCAUUGUUAAUUUAAUCUGCGUGACGAUACGAAUACAUAAAUGCGUGUAAUGGAAGAUAUAACUACGGAUGAAAAUAAUUUCUCACGGAAAUUUGGCGCAUGGCUACUUGAUCGGUCAUUUCCACUCGGCCGAAUGUAAACCGAAAUGUAACCGAAAAAAAACUGUUUCGGUCGACACGGUUGAUAAAUUAUUUGCCUACCACCAAAUUAACGUCGUUUCUAAUUCGUGAAAACUUGUCGUUCGUCGAAAGAUGAUCGAUCGCAUCGCAUCACGUCUCGUGGUGUCCGUAUAAUGACCGUCGUCGUCAGAAGCCGGAAUAAUACUCGUUUCUUUGGGUAAUUACAUUAUCGUUUGUGCGGGCAGCAACGACGGUAAUUCAAAGGGAGAAGUUGAACUCGACUCGAUCGAGUCUCUUGAUUUUUAGAAAAUGGUUGUCACGUUGUAAUACGAACGUCGAAUUAUUGUAUCCAGUUUUAAAUUAAUUAUCCGAUAUUAUUAUUCAAUCGUAUAGCGUGUAAUUUUUUUUGACCAUCCAAAACUCGCCAUCUAUUCUAAUCGCAAAUUUUACCACGGAAAGACAAUAAAAAGAAAAAGAAGGUGAAGAAAAAAAAAAAAGAGAAAGAAGAAAUUGACUUUUCUUCAUAUGCUAAGAUUUAAGCAAUUCUAUUUGUUAUUAUUUGAAAGUGGAGAUUACAUAUGGAUCGAACCAAUCUCAGGGAGAGAAUUUGACGUUGCCAUCGGAGCACGAGUUAUUUCCGCGGAAGGCAGACGCAUUCAAGUGAAAGACGACGAUAACAAGGAACAAUGGCUGACUCCAGAGAGGCGAAUAAAAGCGAUGCAUGCCACUUCUGUGCAAGGUGUAGAAGAUAUGAUCAGUUUAGGAGACCUCCAUGAAGCGGGCAUUUUAAGGAAUUUGUUGAUCCGUUAUAACGAGAAUCUUAUAUACACGUACACCGGUUCGAUUCUAGUCGCUGUGAAUCCAUAUCAAAUAUUGCCUAUUUAUACCGCGGAACAAAUCAAAUUGUACAAGGAUCGUAAAAUCGGAGAGCUACCGCCGCAUAUAUUCGCAAUUGGAGAUAAUAGUUAUGCACAUAUGAAUCGAUAUGGCCAAGAUCAAUGCAUAGUGAUCAGCGGCGAAAGCGGAGCCGGCAAAACGGAAAGUACGAAACUAAUUUUGCAAUAUUUGGCAGCGAUUAGCGGCAAGCAUUCUUGGAUCGAACAACAAAUUUUGGAAGCGAAUCCCAUCUUGGAAGCAUUUGGCAAUGCCAAGACUGUACGAAACGAUAAUUCAUCACGCUUUGGAAAAUACAUUGACAUUCACUUUAACGAGCAAGGGGUAAUAGAGGGAGCAAAAAUAGAGCAAUAUUUAUUGGAAAAGUCACGAAUAGUUUCGCAAAGUCUGGACGAAAGAAACUAUCAUGUAUUUUAUUGCAUGCUGGCUGGUCUUUCGAAAGAAGAGAAGCAAAAGUUGGAAUUGGAAGACGCUUCUUCGUACAAGUAUUUAACAGGGGGUGGUAGUAUCACGUGCGAAGGUCGAGAUGACGCUGCAGAAUUUGCUGACAUCAGAUCGGCAAUGAAGGUUUUACUGUUCUCUGACAUGGAAAUAUGGGAGAUACUUAAGCUUCUUGCUGCCUUGUUGCAUAUGGGAAAUGUCAAAUACAGAGCUAUCGUCGUAGACAAUUUAGACGCCACCGAAAUUCCGGAACAAACAAAUGUGCAAAGAGUGGCGCAUUUAUUGGGCGUACCCGUUCAGUCUUUGAUAGACGCACUUACCCGUAAAACGAUAUUCGCUCACGGUGAGACUGUUGUGUCCACGUUGUCCAGGGAACAAUCGGUGGAUAUCAGGGACGCGUUCGUGAAGGGAAUAUAUGGACGUUUGUUCGUGCACAUCGUAAAAAAGAUAAACGAAGCAAUUUACAGGCCCAAGAACACGUCUAGAAGCGCUAUAGGUGUACUGGACAUAUUCGGUUUUGAAAAUUUCAGUCACAACAGUUUUGAGCAAUUUUGCAUCAAUUACGCAAAUGAAAAUCUGCAACAAUUUUUCGUCCAACAUAUUUUCAAGCUUGAACAAGAAGAAUAUAAUCACGAGGGUAUAAAUUGGCAACACAUCGAGUUUGUCGACAAUCAGGAUGCCCUCGAUUUGAUAGCCAUCAAGCAAUUAAAUAUCAUGGCACUGAUCGACGAGGAAUCAAAGUUUCCCAAAGGCACGGAUCAAACUAUGCUGGCCAAGAUACAUAAAACUCACGGAAGCCAUCGGAAUUAUUUGAAACCAAAAUCAGAUAUCAACACGUCUUUCGGCCUGAAUCAUUUCGCCGGUGUCGUGUUCUACGAUACAAGAAGUUUUCUCGAGAAGAACAGGGAUACGUUCAGUGCCGAUUUGUUGCAAUUGAUUCACAUAUCGUCGAACAAAUUUCUGCAAGCUUGCUUCGCCGAGGACAUAGGUAUGGGGUCCGAGACCAGAAAAAGGACACCCACCUUGUCCACCCAGUUCAAAAAGUCUUUGGACUCGUUGAUGAAAACGUUGUGCAGUUGUCAACCUUUCUUCAUCAGAUGCAUCAAACCGAACGAAUACAAGAAACCGAUGAUGUUCGACAGAGGCCUUUGUUGCCGUCAAUUAAGAUAUUCUGGCAUGAUGGAAACGAUCCGAAUUCGUAGGGCUGGUUACCCGAUCAGGCAUUCUUUUCCAGAAUUCGUCGAGAGAUACAGGUUUUUGAUACCGGGUAUACCACCUGCCCAUAAAGUAGAUUGUCGCGCGGUUACGUCAAAAAUUUGUCACAUAGUGUUGGGAAAAUCGGAUUAUCAACUCGGGCAUACGAAGGUGUUUCUCAAAGAUGCCCACGACUUAUUCUUGGAGCAAGAACGCGACCGUGUUUUAACGCGAAAAAUUCUAAUACUGCAACGCAAUAUACGUGGCUGGGUUUACAGAAGAAGAUUCCUCCGCACGAGAGCAGCGGCAACGGUCGUGCAAAAAUACUGGAGAGGUUAUGCGCAACGGCAACGAUAUAAACGCAUGCGCAUCGGUUACAUGCGACUACAAGCCCUGAUCAGAUCGCGAGUAUUGUCGCACAGGUUUAGACACCUCAGAGGGCACAUAGUCGCUCUUCAGGCGCGAGCCAGGGGCUAUCUGGUACGGAAAAUGUAUCAGAAAAAAUUACUUCGAAAGAAAGAGGAACGGGAAUUGAAAGACCAAGGUAACAAACGGGCAAAAGAAAUUGCCGAGCAAAACUAUAGGGAACGAAUGCAAGAGUUGGAGAGGAAAGAAAUAGAGAUGGAAUUGGAAGAUCGGCGUAGAAUGGAAUUAAAAAGAAUCUAAUAAACGACGCAGCUAAGAAGCAAGAUGAGCCGGUUGAUGAUAGCAAAUUGGUCGAGGCUAUGUUCGAUUUCUUGCCGGAUUCAAGCAGCGAGGCUCCACCCCUGCCAGGGAAACUUCUGUAUUCAACGAUCUACCAGCUCCAAAGGCGGAUCAACAGGAAAUCAUCAGUCCUGUUCAAACGGCCUCGGAGGAUGAGGAGGAUUUAUCGGAGUUCAAAUUCCAAAAAUUUGCGGCAACCUAUUUCCAAGGGAAUAUCACGCAUCAAUAUUCGAGAAAGCCGUUGAAGCAUCCAUUGUUGCCUUUGCAUACCCAAGGAGACCAGUUAGCCGCGCAAGCUUUAUGGAUCAC